AGCUUGUGUCUUAGGUUGGCUUUCAUUUACUUUUGCUUUACGUAUAUGGUAGUGAGAGAUUCCUUGCAUGCGCACGGGUGGGAAGACUAUCAGAAGAGCCCAAUAAGACUGAAGCGGGAGACACCGUGUAACCCAAGGGAUUCCAGCUGCCCAGUCGGACAUUAUUGCCAUCAUUUGACAAACCAAUGUGCUAAAUGCUCAUGCUGUACCAAGAGAAAUCAAGUGACGAGCGAGAUUAAAGUGUUUGCAGCUAAAAGUGAAUGCGCAAGAAAUUCUUCAGCUGGUUCCACUGACCUAUGUACGUUAGAUUUUUCCUGGGAAUGUGUGUCGGAUUCUGGUGAGGGGACAGAUGUGGCCAGUACGUUGGUGUCCCAAGAAAAUGACAAUAGCUACACGCAAACGGCUUUUAAUACUACUACUGCGGGCUCUACAGUGCCCGCCAAAAAAGCGAAUGCGAUUCGUGUGAGAGUUCGGGUGGAAUUCAUGGUAUUCGUGAUAUGCGGCGGCCUGUUUGUUACAUAAGAAAAAAGGGGAUG